AUGAAUGGAAUUAACUUUUUUCAACUUUCUAUAUUUUUUUUCUUGUUGUAUGUCGUAGCAUCCCUUGCUAAAAUUCCUGUAGAAAAUCCUCCCUUCAUAUUUGACAACAACAGUGAAGCCAAGUUGAAAACUUUUCUUAAUAUCGAUACACCAUGGGAAAAUGAUGAUGUCAUGUCCAAACCGGCAUAUUCACAUUAUGUAACUCUGGAAAAUUUCCCGAACCCUUUUGUCAAUCCAAUAUUGUGUAACAGAAACGGGUUAAAGUAUUCCUACAUUUGUGACCCGAAUAAAAUUCUCUCACGGAACACAGCAGACAAGAUUGAAGAAAUUUUAAGCUACGAAAGACAUAAUUCCAGUCACUAUUGUGUAGACAAAGGAGAUGUCCCUUACAUAUUAGCUGUAGCACUUAUUGAGAAGUUGCCUUACGGAAUUAGUGCCGAAACAUUCUCUACCCAAAUAUUCGAACACUGGAAAUUGGAGAACAGAAAUUGCAACGAUGGAAUUUUACUUCUUUUUGUGAAAGAAAAUGCAACUUUUGUGUUGAAGUGGAGGAAAGGGGCCCAGACAAUUAUUAACUUUAGAACAGCCACUUCCAUGUACAAAUCCUUCAACAUGUAUAUAAGACGAUAUUCACUGGAAUAUUCAAUUUUGAAAGCGGUUACCUUAACCUCGCAGUACCUCACGGAAGAAAUAAUUCCGCCAACUCAAACAACUCAGAUGGUUGUAGCACUCAGCAUUGCUGUCGUUGUAGGAUUGGGUUACAUUGCCUGUAUCUUAAUAGUUUUCUCCGACGCGCAGAAGGAAAACAGAUAA